AUGGAGUAUAUCGAGAAUGAUUUCGGUGACAUUGAUGGCAGACUGCUGGAGCAGUUCCGAUCUCUGGGCACCACUGACCGCGAUGUGCUGAUCGCAGAAUUCCAGGCCGUCUUGGGCAACAAGAUGAGCCCAGAUAUAUGCGCAUUUUUCCUGGACAUGAACAACUGGAAUCUUCAGAAUGCAGUAUGUUCAUAUUAUGACUUUGAGCAGCCCUCGAGCCCCUUGCCAUCCAUGACAGUCCUGGCAGACGUGACUGUAGGAAAUGGAGAGGCUGUGGCAGCAAACACAAAUUUUGUCAAAUCCUGGCGAAUCAAAAACUCAGGCUUAGACCGCUGGCCACCAGGCUGUCAUAUGCGACUUAUUGGUGGAGAAAACCUGGCCGUCUCAGAAAGGAAGAUGGUGGAGCCACUGGAUCCUGGACAGAUGGCUGAUGUCCAUGUGGAAAUGAGGUCUCCGUCUUCCAAUGGUAUUUAUACUAGCCUGUGGAGAAUGUCCACCGCAACUGGAUCUUAUUUUGGUGAAGUGAUAAAAGUGCAGGUGGUGGUGGCAGAUGGAGGCCUUCUGGGCAUCACUCAGCAGAUGUCCCGGAUUGGUGGAGAGUUGGCACAUGGUCCUGCAGGGGCUCCUGGCCCUGGAAUGGGUGCUCCUCUCACUGGCCAUGAGGCUGUAUCCCCUGGCACAGACAUUUCCAUACAUGUAGAGCAUCAUCAGGUUCCAUGUUUGUUUCCAGAGGUGAGUGAUGACGUUGGUGAAAACGACGCCUACAUUGCCACAUUACCAGCCACUGUUGAGGAAGAGGAAGAAAUGUCCUAG